GCAGAAAUAGUUGCUAUGGCCCGUGGAUAAGAUAAACUCAUUUGAGGCAAUAAGAGACAAGAACUUGGAAGAGCAGCGGUAGUUGGCAGUGAACACUCACAUCAACAAUGGGUUCGUCGUACAAGUACGUGGUUGUCUUCCUUGCAUAUUUCAUCGUUGAUGGAUUAUCCUACCAACCCACGCAGAACGAAUUUAAAAAUGUCGGCUUUAAAGUGCCGAACUUCGACGCGUCAGCCGAUUGUGACUUAAUAAAACAUGCCUUGCAUUCGGGCGAACUAUCGACAAUUGUCAACAUUUUGACCCAUAGAUUGUAUGACCAACGGAUUGAGAUUGCUCAUAUGUACAAAACGAAAUAUGGCAAGUUUUUGAAAGAGGAGUUCGCGAGUCACGAUCUGCUGGUUGCCUUAGUUGUACCAACUCCCCUCUUUUACGCCAUGGAGCUGCAUAAGGCCAUUAUUGGUGUUGGUACCAAUGAAAAAGUCUUAAUCCAGAUUCUUUGCACUUUGAACAACAAAGACAUGUUAUCUGUUAUCAACGCUUACGAAUCUGAGUUCCACCAUAAGCUAAUGGACGACGUCAAAGGUGAUACCAGUGGAGACUUCAAAAACCUGAUGGUGGCAAUCCUUCAUGCAAACCGUGACGAAAGUGGAGUUGUCAAUAAGGCACACGCCGCCACCGACGCUCUUCAUCUUCACAAAGCAGGUCUCGAUAGAAUAGGGACCGAUGAGAGUGUCUUCUACGAAAUCUUGGGUACACGCAACUACAAUCAGUUGAGAUUAAUCUGCGACGAAUACAAGCACCUAUCAGGUCAUGAUCUUGAAUACGCCAUAGAAAAGGAGUUUUCGGGACAUGCUGAGACAGGGCUCUUGACAAUCCUUGCCGCCGCCAAGAACCUUCCAGGGUACUUUGCCGAGCAAUUACAUCACUGCAUAUCUGCGACCGAUAAGAACGAACAGUUGGUCACGAUUAUUGUUCCCAGAUCUAAACCAGAUAUGGGUUACAUCAAGCAAGAGUAUUCCAAAGUCUAUCAUAAGAAUUUGGAGUUUGAUAUUGCUGAAAACACCGAAGGCUUCUUUAAGGAAGGAAUUCUUAACCUGCUCCAUUGAUACCGUAAUGAUUACAAAGCAAAAUGAAAUGUAAACCUACCUAUAGGUACAUAAUAAACUGGUUCUUUGUUGCA